AUGUCAACUGCUGCUCAAGAAGAGUUCAACGACCUAGUCGCCAAGAACACCCAUCGCGAGACUCUCCACCCUGAAGACCGCUACGACUCUGAUCUUGAAGAUCUCGACGAGGAAGACACCUUUCGCAACAACCAGAUCGACGCCGCUAUGCGUAUGCCUACUAUGGAUCGCCUCACUGGCGCUGGUGCCACUGAUAUCAAACUUCCCCCGGCCUCUUUCGACAGCGGCCGCUCCACCGGCGUCAAGGGCGUCAUCGCUGAUGCUCGAAACUACGAGGCUGCCCGCAAGAACAAAUGGCGACACCGUGUGCGCACUGCUCGCAACAGCAUCUUUGGCAUCGAUGCCGCCGUCCAGCCUCCCCCCAGGAGCGAGACCAGCGAGUCCGAAGAUGAUGUCAAGAGUGAUGCCGAUGAGGAGUCUUUCCUCCAGCAGUGGAGGGAGAGCCGAAGGCGCGAACUCGAGAGCGAGGCCAACCGUGCUGUGAGGAACCGGAGAACCAGCCCCAGUGUUCGCAUCUAUGGCAGACUGGAUGAGGUGGAUGCUCUGGGAUAUCUCGACGCUAUUGAGAAGGUGGGACGGGAAACCACCGUUGUCGUCUUUGUCUAUGACCAUGAGUGCGAGGUUUCGGCUACUAUCGAGUCGGCACUUAUGCCUCUGGUUAAGAACAACCCCGAGGUUCACUUUGUCAAGGUCCACUACGAGGAGAUCGAAUUUGACAACGCCGCCGUGCCAGCUAUGCUGGCUUACCGGAAUCAGGGCGACCUGUUUGCCAACCUGACCGGUCUGAUCGAGAUGAUCCCCGACGACGAGAUCUUUGGCACCUCGUCGCUGAAGGAGCUCUUCCAGAAGCACACCAUCCUAUGA